AUGAUCAUAUACCUUCUGUCAAGGGAGGAAGCAGAGAUGAAGAUUCGUUCAUUAUAUAAAGCUAGCAACAGGUCUGGUGCUCUUGAGUUGCUAGAUGACCACCUGAAGACAGUUCUUGCGAAUGUCCGGUUAGUCUAUCUUCUAGAGAGAGAAGGUUGGGACUCUACUCCCAACUGGGAAGACAUUUUGUCGCUGGGAGAACAACAGAGGCUUGGGAUGGCUCGUUUGUUCUUCCACCAUCCUAAGUUCGGUAUCCUCGACGAGUGCACGAAAUAUGUCGCCACAAGUGUUGAUGUUGAAGAGCAUUUAUAUAGGCUAGCAACUAGUAUGGGCAUAACUGUGAUCACUUCGUCACAUAGGCCUGCUCUCAUACCGUUCCAGUCCGUGGAGCUUAAACUCAUUGACGGUGAGGGGAACUGGGAGCUAUGCGAGAUCCAACAUUUAUUGACACCACCAGCUAGAGUUUGGCUCUCAGUCACUUAUGCCAUACAGAAGAUGCUGCUACUGCAGCAAUUUGUUCAUAUCGGGUCGCCCUCCCGACCAUCUAGAAGCAGGAGUAGCAUGUACAACUGUGAAUCCUAA